AUGCCGGGGUCGCCGAUCCGCCGGCCGCUGCGGACCCAGCCAACUCCUCGUCGGAUCACUCUGAUCACAUACCAGAUCAAGAUACAAGAACUACAGCAGCUCCAGCAGAAGCAUCUGCAGCGCAUCCAGGAUCUCGCCUCGGCUCAGCCACAGCCGACCAGCGUCCCUCACUCGGCACCGGCUUUGACUGCACCCGUGCUUUCGGGUGUCUCGGCAUCGAUGGCCACGGGCUCGACGCCAUCGCUGUCCAAUCUCCAGCAGCUCACCCAGAUGAUUCUCCAGCGCCAGGGCCAGCUGGAUCCGCUCGCAGCCCCCAAGCCGCCCAGCUCAUCGCAGCCGCCGUCCAUUCCAACCAGCGCCUCUUUCUCGGCACCUUCGAGCUCUGUCCAGACCCAGGUCCUCCUCCAAAACUCGCUCUCGAAUCCGUCGUUUGCUUCCUCGCUCGGGCAUCUUGCCUCCCACAUCGCCGGGCUGCCGUCGCACACCGACAAGACCAACGACUUUGGCUCGUCGCAAUCGGGCGCUCCAGGCACGGAUAUGUCUCAGAUUGCAGCGCUGGCUUCUGUUGUUCCGACAUCCGUGGCGCUGUCGACCCCCGACGGCAUUGCCUCGGAGCUGGCGGCGGACGCGCUGCAGGCCGACAACCAGGCUGGCUCGGCUGAUGCAGGGUUGGCUGCCAGCGACGCAGCUUCCGGCGGCGGCGAUACUCCAAAAAAGCCAACCUCGAAGCGCCGCAAGGUCUCGCAUGCAUGCGUGUACUGCCGGCGAAGCCACAUGACAUGCGGUCGGUGCGGGGCUGGGAGUCUGUCGGAUGUGGAAAAGCCUGUCGGCGCCGUAUCUCUGCAUCACGGCGCUGUCAAAUACGUCCGUGCCGCUCUGGCUUGCCGUGGCGCCGAUUGGGGCGUAUCCGAUAAGGAUAUGUGGCCGACGGCUCUCGGCACGCGAUAUGCAUACGAAGGCCGUCCGUGCCAGCGGUGUAUCAAGCGCAAAAUUGCCCAUCUCUGCCACGAUGAGGCCAAGCCAUCGACAUCGGCUUCAUCGUCGUCGUCAUCGCUGUCGUCAAUGGCCUCCUCGACCAUCAAUGCCCACGCCCUCGGUGUAGGAGGAGUCGUUGCCUCCCGCCCUAUUCCAGGGGCACCGGCAAAUGGACUGGACAUUCUCGGUAACGGCAUGGGCACCGCAUCGAGUGCCCUAACCGGCAGCAACAUGGCCCUCGAGCAGUCCAUCUUCAAGGGCAUGUCCGAGUUCCCCCCGCUGUUUGCAAGCGAGCACAUGGGCAACGAGUUCACCAUCCUGACGGACUUUCUCAACAGCCUGGAGCAGGGCAAGAAUGGAUCGACAGGCCAAAACGCCGACGGAACUUCGGCUAUCCCAGCGAACAGCAAAACGGGCGGUGUUGUCGGAUCCGGUUCCAACGUCUCUGUUGCUCCAGACGGAACCAAACUCAGCAGCACCGAAAAGUUCAUUCUGACAGCCGCCGAUCCUGCUGAUGGCACCUUUGAGGACCGUCUGAAGCAGGUCAUCAACGCAAAGUUCGAAGCCGGCCUGCUCAAGCCAUACAACUACGUCAAUUCGUACACACGGCUGCAAAAAUGGAUGGAGAUGCACAUGUCGCCGCAGUCGCGCCAGCGGAUAUUGAACGUCAUGUCUGUUUUUCGGCCGCGGUUCCGCUGGGUUGCCCAGAGCCUGACCGACAUCGACUUGGUGCUGGUCGAGGAGGCCUUUGACCGGCUGCUGCUUGAGUACGACCGCGUCUUUUCAUCCAUGGGUAUUCCAGCCUGCCUGUGGCGGCGCACCGGCGAGAUCUACAAAUCCAACAGAGAGUUUGCCAACCUCGUCGGGAUCCCGAUUGAGACGCUGCGCGACGGCAAGAUCUGCAUCUACGAGCUGCUUGCGGAAGAAAGCGCCGUCAACUACUGGGAAAAGUACGGCAAUAUUGCCUUUGAUGCCGCCCAGAAAGCCGUCCUGACGAGCUGCGUCCUGCGCAACCUCAACGACCCGAAGGGCGGGUAUAUCAACUGCUGUUUUUCGUUUACCAUUCGGCGAGACAAGUACAAUAUCCCGCUCCUGAUCGCCGGGAACUUUCUCGUCGCGUCCGACGACAAGAAGUAG